GACGAAAUUAGAGAGAGAGAGAGAGAGCAGGAAGAGCUAGGGUCCAGAUCUGCCGGAGGACCAAGAAUCAGAGGCGUUUUCCGGCAGCGAUGUGCAAGCACGGGAAGAGUAGUAGCGGGAAGCAGCAGCAGCAGCAGCAGAGUGGGAAUUACAAAAAGGAAAAGAAGAAGACGACGAUGCUGGUAAAGUUUCAGGACCUGCCACAGUAUAUGAAGGACAACGAGUACAUAUUGGACUAUUACCGCUGCGAAUGGCCGUUAAAGGAUGUAAUCUUCAGUGUCUUCGCUUGGCACAACGAGACCCUCAACAUCUGGACGCAUUUGUUGGGGUUCUUGAUAUUCGUGGGACUAACGGUGAUGAGCUGGAGAGACCAGGGAGCUCUGCUCGGGAAUUUCUCGAGCAGGGAUGGGGUUUCUGGGCCGUUGAUGAUGAUGACCAUGAUGAUGAAGAUGAACCAGCUUAAUGUCUCCGACAGUGUUUUCGCUCAGAAUUCACAUUUGAAGGAAAUGUCACAGUCAUCAUUCAUUCAUGCUAGCAAGGAAGAUGAUUUUAGCACAAUUCCAAGCUGGCCUUGGUUUGUGUUCCUAACUGGUGCUAUGGGCUGCUUAGUCUGCAGCUCCCUAUCCCACCUCCUUGCUUGUCACUCCAAACGCUUCAACUUUUUCUUUUGGCGUCUCGACUAUGCGGGCAUUUCCCUUAUGAUUGUUUGCUCCUUCUUUGCUCCCAUAUACUAUACCUUCCACUGCCAUCCAUACUCUCGCUUCUUCUAUCUUUCUUCCAUAUCCGUUCUCGGUGUCCUUGUCAUCAUUACACUCCUCUCGCGGAGUCUCUCCACACCCCGUUUCCGGACAUUCAGGGCCACACUCUUCCUCUGCAUGGGUUUCUCAGGUGUCAUUCCUGCUGUUCACGCCCUUGUUAUCCAUUGGGACCAUAAACCCAUAAUUGUUGCUCUAGGGUAUGAACUUGCUAUGGCUGUUUUUUAUGCCACGGGAGCUGGGUUCUAUGUUAGUAGGAUACCCGAACGCUGGAAACCCGGUAAAUUUGAUAUAGCAGGACACAGCCAUCAGAUCUUCCAUGUGUUUGUUGUGUUAGGUGCACUUGCACACAGUGCUGCCACACUAGCUGUCAUGGAUUUUCGCCGGGAAUCACCAACCUGUGUAUAUUAGGCAUUCCAUUCACAAGCUUUGCUAGACAUCACAUCAGUGAGGAAUCAAAUUUCUAUGUACCGCACCAAGUUUUGUAUUGCCUUUGUUGUUUAGCUUGGCCUCGGAAACUCCAUCCGAAGGAAAAGCCUGCAAUUUGGUUGAAAUAGAUGGAGUUCAUGUUGUUGUACUACAGGUGAUAUCAUUCCAUAUCACCAGUGAUUUUAUUUCAGUAUAUUAUUGGCUCUGUUAUAGUGUAUUCUGAAGAAGUCCCCCUCCAAUGCAAGUAGUUUGUGUUGCAAACCACAUGAGUAA